CCCUUCUGGAGCUCCCUGUUGUCAAAAAACGGAUAUCACCUCCUGCACUUGCCUCUACCCUUGCAAAAACUGAUAUCUGGAAAUCCACAUGCCCGUUUUGUAGUAUUUGGGAAGUCAUUUGUUUCAUUGCUUGUAUUUGGUUUGAUUUGGUUUGAAUAAAUAUCAUCUGGUUUUCACUUCCUGGUUCGGUCAGAUGAAAAAGAUAGAGCGCCAGCACCUCAGAUAGAAUAUAUCUCCUUAGCCUGGAAGAUAGAAGUUGACAUGGCUGCUCUUUCAGCCGUCCAUGCUGUUUUACAGUCAAAUAUCAUCCUCAAAUGGCUGCGACAGCUUCCAUCGUGGAGAAACUUUGUCAUACUCCUUCUUCUUAUUAAUAUCAAGUCUCUGCCUCUCGCAUGGCAUGUCCGCAUUUUCUACUACCUCUUCAAGAAUCUCAAUUUCCGCCGCCACACCCAUCCAAAGCUCAAGGAGAGAUUCACGAAGAGAGCAGGGAAUAGCGGGGCCCACCCCCUAUUCACCCCCGUGAGCGUCAUGAGCCACACGUCCCUCAUGGAGAUAGACUACAACCUCCAUAAAUCCAACAGCACCUACUUCUCCGACCUGGACAUCUCCCGCACAGCGCUGGUGACAGACAUAUGCACGCCGGGACUGGAAAUCUGCCGACGGGAACUAGACAAAGUGCUCGACGACACCACCCCCAGCAACGGCAACGGCAACGCCAACAGCAACGCCAACACCGGUAAACCCCUCAAAAAGAAAUACCCAGGCAAGAUCGCCGUCUUCCUCGGGUCCGUGUACUGCAGCUUCAAGAAAGAGAUCCCGCCCUACGAGCGCUACGAGAUGCAGAGCCGCAUCGCCGGCUGGGAUGAGAAAUGGCUGUACGUGGUCACCUACUUCCUCCGCCCCGCACGGCGCAGGGGGGAGCGCAGGACCGUCCUCGCCGUCGGCAUCAGCCAAUACGUCAUCAAGAAGGGCCGGUUGACCCUCAAGCCGGCGAAGGUGCUGAACGCCAGCGGGCUGAUUCCCGACCGCCCCGCGGAUGCGGGUCCCUCGCCCUCCACCUCCACCGCCUCCACGGCUUCAUCAUCUGCGCCGCCCUCCCGGCCAUCAUCGUCGUCCAAUGGCCCGAAGAAGGCGUGCGGUGUGGUCUCUCCCGUGUCCGGCACGCCGUCGAGCGUGGAGGCCAUCAAUGCCAGCGAAGGGCUAGAUGGCAACCCUGUCGUGCGCGAAGUUCUGGCGCUGACGGAGAGGAGCGAUAUGGACCAGGCUGCGUUGGAGAAUGAGAAGAGGGAGAAGACUCAGUCGUGGGACCAGGACGAGUGGACGUGGGAGCGGAUUGAGGAGCGGCGGGUGCAGGGGCUGGAGACCGUGCGGGCAUUUAUUGGACUGGAUGCGAAGCUGCUGCGGGAGGUGGAGGGGGAGUUGUAG